AUGUUUUUAUAUAUAACAGGCGAAGUAAAUUCAUAUAUUUACUUAAUGAAACAUACGACUGAUGACUUAUUUUUUUAAUAUGUCAUUAUUAAUGUAUUUAAAAUAGAUUUGAUAUAUUAGUACCUGGAAGUAUUGAAAUACAUUUUUUAGACUAGAGAUUUAAUUUACAUGCUACUUUUAUAAGAAAAUUAACAUUCAAUAAACCAAUAUUACUAAAAUUUUAAUUUUUUUUUAUUAAAUUGUAAAAAAUUGGUUGACAAGAAUAAAAAUACAAUAAAUUCUUGUUUAAUUUUCACAUUAUAUAUUUUCUAAAUUCCUUCUACUAGCUGACAUGUUAAAUCCUCCCCACUUUCCCGAGCCGACAUUAAAGUAUUCAGUCUUCAGAUACUAACUCUCACAUAACCUUUCCUUAAAAAUAAUUUAAUUAAAUAAUUUAUACUUUGUGAUAAAAUAAAAUACAGCGAUAAUUUAAAAUAUUUUUUGUUCAAGUAUUAACUUUAAUAACUUCCUCUUUUUUAAAUAAAAUAAAUUUAUAUAUAAUAGAAACUAUUAUAUACAUUUUUACAAUUGAAUUUAAAAGAAAUGGAUGAAGGAAGUUCCAAGAAUGUAUCAUUAAUAUCACACUGUAAAUAUACUGAUCAAAUUUUUUCUUCAGAAAAUGUAAAAAAUGAUAAUGAACAUGAUUGGUGGGCAAGUGAUAGUGGAUCUAGUACUGGAUCAUAUUAUUCAGAUACAGAUAGUUCCACAGCAGAAUGGGAAUCGGAAAUUAAUUUUAAUGGAGAAUUGAUUUACAUAGAGUCUCUGAUAGAUAACAUAAAUGAUGAACAAUUUUCUUUUGAUGAAACAAAACUUGAUUCUCAGCCAGAAUUGAUACGACGUCGUAGUACAAGAACUGGAAAACUUAUGCGACUUAUAAAACGUAAAGAAAGUAAACGUUUGAGUACAAGAAAUAAAAAAACUAAUUUCACUACUACAACAAACAAUGUUGGAAGUUCAGGAAAGGAAGGGACUGCAAUUAAAGAAGUCACUUUUAGAGAUUUUCAAGCAGGUGAAAUCCGGGAAGUUAUACUAUGGGUUGAUCCAGAUAGGCGACACAAGUUAGGAAGAAGAGCCACGUUGUGUGAGGCAUAUUUUGGAAUAAUUCCAGGUGUUUUUUCAGAUAAAACACGUAUUAUGGUUGCUGGAUUUAUACCAGAUGGAGAAGCAAUAAAGAAUAAAAAUAUCAAAAUUGGAGAUUGGUUACGAAGUGUAAAUUCAAAUAAUAUUACAUAUCAAAAUUUGGAUCAUGUAUUAUCUGAAAUAAUUGUAUCAACAAAUCAAUCUGUGUUGGUACAAAGACUGAUGAAUAAAGAGGAAAGUAAAGAUUUAAUGCAGUCAAUAAUAGAUUAUCCACUUGGUGUAUUAUAUUUACAAACUACAGAACUUUCAGAAAUGGGACCAGAUCUGCAAGGCGUUCUAUAUGCAUUUCCUAGAUCAGAAAGUAAAAAUAUACAUUCCAUUUUAUGCACAGCAAGAGGAGCUUUUAUAACCCUCAAUCAUUUAUUACCAGGAAUUGGAGGUCUGCAACCUACAAGUUGUAGUCUUGAAGAAGCUGUUAAUUUAUCAUGUGACAUAGUAAGAACAUUAGAAUUUACAUAUGAAUCACUGACAAAAUGUUUUACAUUUGAGGAAAAUCGGUCUUCUUUAGAUCAUUUUUUCGUUUUAAUUAUUGAACGAUUGCUAGAUAUAAAAAGUUAUGCAAAUAAUGCAGGAUUAACCAUUUCCUAUAUGGAAAUUCAUAAUAAUAUCGAAGAUAUGGAAAAUUAUAAAUUUGCAAGCACGUUUUCAGUUGCAAAUUUUAUAGAACUAUCAAGAGAUGCACAAAUUCAAAUUGAUGCAGCUUUAAGUGAAAUGGAAGCCAUGGAUUACAGAGAUUGGAAUGAAGAUCCUAUGGACUGUCAAAGGUUGUAUACAAUUUUAGGUAGUUGUAUUUAUCAUAAAAAUUAUCUUCUUGGAUCUCAUUUAACUCACAAUGAUUUGAUUGAAGUGCAAUCUUAUCUUAGACAAAAUUGUAUUUUAAAUUUAAUCAGUAAUGAGCCUGUGAAAAGUCUUAUCAUUUGGAAAAAAGUGUAUCCUUCUUCAUGCAAUCGUAAUAAUACAGAAAAUAAUCAAUCACUUGUUCUUGAUGGAAAAUGGUAUUUGCUUGUUGUUGGAUAUGGACAUGAUUUAUUAGUAGUCCUUUUAGAAUCUGGCGGAUGUACUGCGAAAUGUAGUGAAACUAUAGGUCCAGACAUAUUUUAUGUAGAAGAAGCUCAGGAGACUUUGAAACAUAUACAAAAGAUAGGAGUAACAACAUUAGCAGCCAAAUGGAUUGCAUCUAAUACUAGACCAGAAGUAAUAGCUUAUGAAGAUCCUGUGCCUGUAAAAGCAUCAUCUAGUAUCACAGAAAAUCUUCUUGGUCUUAUAAAAUCAACAGAUGUACAAACUUUAUCUGUCAAACCACCUCAUACUUCAAACAUUAACAAAAAGUCUCAAGAAAUACCUUCAAUUUUAAAAAAACGUAAUACAGAAGAAUGUCCUAUGGUCUUAGAAUCAAUAUAUUCUUUGCAUACAUCAGAAGAUUCAUUGAGUCAAGGAACUGGUGGAAUUAGUGAAAUAAGUGAUGAAGCAAUGCCUAUAUUAGGAAGACGAGCAACAAGAGAAAAAAUUGUUAGUAGAUCAAGAUAUUCUGAUGAUAGCGAUUCUGAUCUUGAUAUGUAUAAGAAUGAUUGUCAAAUAUUAAGUGCAGAUAUAUCUAAUAUAAGAGAAAAUUUAUUAAAUCAAGCUGAAUAUUUAGUACCAAAAGUAUUGACGGUGGGUGACAAGAAUUAUUUAUAUCAUUAUAUACAUUUGGACAUGGUUGAAGGAAUUCUUCUAUCCUCAAAUCCACUAGAACAUUUAGGAAAAAACCCUAAUUUUCUUAUUAACUUUAACAAAUGUGUUCAUAUUAUUCAUAAAUUAUUGCAUAAUACAGUAAGAUUUAAAACUAUGUUAAACUCAGAUAUGGACAAAACUGUAAUUAAUAAGAGUUUAAUUGCUGUUAAAGAACAUGGAGUGUUAUUUGAAUGGGAAAAUUUAAGUUAUUGGGUUGUUGGUCGAUUAUAUACAACUCCUCAUCCAAAAGAAUUGUAUGUAUGUUAUCAGGAUUCUGCACCACAAAAUUUAAUCGAAAUAGCAUUCAAAUUACAUUCGUUAUACACAUUAACAUGAUUUUUUGUUUCUAUUUUGUAAAAUUUCUACAAUUCGAAAACAAAUUACUGUGUAAAAAUCACAUCAAAUUAAAAAUUUUAUUAAUGUUAAAUAUUUGGUUGCAAAGAAAUAAAUUUCUUAUUUUUUAGAUUUCUUUUAUUUGUAUUUUUUAGGAAAUCUUUAGAAACAUAUACCAUUAAACAUUUUUAUAUAAC